AUGGCGGAUGACGGCCUUCUCGACAAGGUUCAUGCUCUGAGUGACCUCGAGCUGGCCAUACUUCUCUGUCUAAUUAGUCGCGAACAUUGCCUUGUCAGCAUACCGUCUGAAGCGAUCGACGACUUGAUACAAGAAUUGCAACUUGUAGCUGCAAAGACCUUUGGUCUCAGCUGGGUUGUUGUCGACUGUACUCCAUCUACAACCCUCGAAGACUUCGCCUCCGCUCUUCUCCUGGGCAAUCCGGCUUCUCCUUCUAGCCACUCGCCUACAGCGUUGCGCAACCCCGAUUCAUACUUCACAUCGAGGCCAUCGACAUCGCAUCCGCGCGCACCACUCAGUCCUUUUACACCCGGUGGUGCUCCUGCAUCUCAAAUAGCCAAUGUCGUCCUCGCGAAGAACCUGGACCGGGCACCACAAGCCGUCCAGAUCCAGGCCCUAGAACUCUUACGAACCCGUCGCAUAUUUACACGAACCUCUGUACAAGCUGCCCCAAAACAAUUUGUUUUUGUCCCGGUAUUAGAGGCAGCCAGCGGAGGCGAGGCUCGUGUGACGGCACACUUGAACGACUUUUUAUAUAUAGCAUAUUGGCAUAAUCCCGAGGAUGGCUUCGUUAACUUAGAUGAAGCCGAUGGUGGUAAUGAUGCCGAUACCGCGUCCGCGGGAAGUGUCGUAAAAAGGGGCCCUGGGGAAGACACCACCUCAGCUCCGCCCCUCAUUGUCGAGGCUAAUAUUAGUUAUCUUGGUACACUUAGUAAAGAGGUUCAGGUAGAUGUGGAGGUCACACGCUACAUGAUGAACAUUGUUUCAUUCCUUCGUAUGCACCGGGCUGUCGCUGGAGGCAUCAGUCCUACAGCCACAAAACACUUCGGUCAACUCAUACGUUGUCUUGCUGCUUUGCAUGGUUUAGACUUUGUAACACCAGCUCUUGUCGGCCUUGCUGCACCGAAGGUUUACUUGCAUCGAAUCCAGCUGACUCCCCCUGAAAAGGAGAGGAGUAUGCAAUGGGGUAGCAAAAUAGAAGCAGUAGAAGCAUUGCUAGAGGACAUUGGUCCUGAAGAGGUUAUUGAAGAUGUCAUGGGCAUGGUGACCGCGCCGGUAUAA